GGCGUCUAUGGGACGGUGUACGGAUGCUGGACGACAGACGAAUCGGACUGCUUGGGCAGCUUCGUUGGCACUUAUCAUCUGCCUUCCUACGCGACGCACACAUACGUUUCGUCUAGACUCCAGAUCUGAGCCGUAUCGCGCAGGGAAGAUGUCCGACGCUGUUCAGAGGCCGACAAUCGAGCAUGUGAUCUUCGACAUGGAUGGGCUGCUCAUCGACUCCGAGCGUGUGUACACCGAUGUCACCAAUGAACUCCUUGCUCCUUACGGCAAGGAGAUGACUUGGGACAUCAAGGCCGGACUCAUGGGAAAACCCGAGCGUGAAGCUGCCGUGCACCUCCUCUCCUUCUUCCCCGACCUCCCGCCGUCCUUCUCGAUCGACUACUACCUCACCGCCCGGCGCGAGCUCCAAGACCUCCGCUGGCCGACGGUCCAGCCCUUGCCCGGGGCGGUCAAGCUCGUCAAACACCUCCACAAGCACCGCGUCCCGAUGGCCGUCGCGACCGGCUCGCAGCGCCGCAACUUCGAGCUCAAGUCGGCGCACCUCGGCGACCUGUUCGACUGCUUCGAGGGCCGCGUCGUGUGCGCGGACGACGGGCUGGUCGAGAAGGGCCGCGGGAAACCGCACCCGGACAUCUUCCUCGUCGCUGCGGAGAGGUUUCUGGGGCUGGACGUGGGAAAGGGCGAGGCGGCAGAGGCGAGCGUGACUGAGGAGCAGCGCGCGGUCAGGGCCAAGGGGCUCGUGUUCGAGGAUGGGAUUCCUGGGGUGCAGGCGGGAAAGCGUGCCGGCAUGCACGUUGUGUGGGUCCCGGAUGCGAACUUGGUCGCUCUGGGAGGCGAGACAACCGCUGUGGACGAGGAGCCGGACUCAACGCUCAAGUCGCUGGAGGAGUUUGUCCCGGAGCACUGGGGUCUUCCGCCGUAUGACUCCUAGCUCGACGUGCGUACGUGUAUGGCAAUACAAUGUCACAGCCUGGCUAAGUCUGCCCUCAUAAGCUGUUCACAUCCAUAGAGGUCAAUAAUGUAUGACGAUACUAUCUGCGUAGCGUGGUCAUCUGCGC